AUGGAAGCUCAGUCAGAGACCCUGGAGGGCAGUACAGGCAUUCCCAUGAUCCCUUCUGCAGUGCGCAACACUGCAGGGCUCAACAGCACCCAACAGGGAAAGUCUGCAGCUCAGUUCAUCGUCAGCCAGACCCAGUUGCUCCCUGGCUGUGCUGGGAGAACACAGGGUGAGGUCGUGGUACACUGGUGCCCUCUCCUGUUCCUGCACAAGUUUGCUUUCCAAGAGGCGACGAGAAGCAGAAGGACAGGCCUGCGAGAUGCUCUUCAGAGUGACUUCGCCGUGGGCUGCGGAAGGCAACAGAAGGAACUCGGCAUCCACUGGCCACGUUCCCCUCCCCGGAGCGGAGCGGAGGACACAGCCCGGUUUCUUCAGGCGGUGGCUCCAGCCAGCUCCGCCCCACAGGGAGGGAGCGCGCAGCUCCCACACCCCGCAGGCGGCGCUGACAGACUCCGCCUUCCCGGAGCGCAGGCGUGUGGGGGGCGCCGCCCUCGUCGCCGUCGGGAACCCGGCAGGCCCGCGGCCUUCUGCCUGGUUCUCCCGCCUCUGCAAGCCUCGCCUUCAGGACUCCGCCUCGCCGUCCUCUUUUCUGUCGGGAGACUCACGGGGCCGUCUGUCUGGACGACGUGUGCACAUUUCUCACCACGAUUCCUCUGCACACCAGGUCCCGGCACCGCUGCGCUGGGGUCGCCACAGCUGAAUUGUGCGGGCAGCGAAGGGGCCUCACGGGGACCGCUCAGCUCCCUGAGGGCGCAGCCCACCUGGUCCGGGGCGAAGAAUGAACUUCCGCGGUUUUCAGUGACCCAGUUUGUGGCACGGCACAUGCUGAAAAGGCCUCCCUAUUCCCUGAGACACGAUUGUGGAAUUACACCAUUAAUAACCUACAACAGCCUCUAAGUGUUCAAGUAAAAGGAAGAGACACACAUCCCUCAUUUUAAGUCGAAAGCUAGAGAUGAUUAAGCUUAGUGCGGAAGGCCUGUUCAAAGUUGAGAUAGGCUGAAAGCAAGGCCUUUUGCACCCAGGAGUUAGCCCAGUUGUGAAUGCAAAGAAAAACCUCUUAAAGGAAAUUAAAAGUGCUGCUUUAGUGAACAUAUGAAUGACAAGAAAGUGA